CCGGAAGUUUUUGUUUCCUCACCUGUCAGUUCUGACACGGUGCGGGUGUUCAGCCUAAUUUCUUUGUUUGUCUCCGAGAAACGGGUCUUCUUUUGUCAAGAAUCAAUGAUAACCCUGUGUGGUCAACUGACACCUUAUUGAGGACAGCAUCUAACACGGUCUUCUAUCUGCUACAGAGUAGGCCUGUGCAGGAAUGGAGCACCUGGCAGUGGAUGAUGAUAUCUGUAUUCUUAAACAUGAGACAGCCUUCACCACCGCCGGCGAGAGCCCUGUAUCGGUGUGUGCCGGUGACGAAUCUGUUGCUUCCCACUUCGCCCUGGUCACAGCCUAUGAGGACAUCAAGAAGAGGCUGAGAGACACAGAGCGAGAGAAUACCUUGCUGAGGAAGAGGGUUAAGCAGCUGGAGGAUAAGCUCUUCAGGUCAGAUGCGCCUCCAUCAGAAGGUCCCCAGUACGUGAACAAGGCCUUCAGUGCUUACCGAGGUAUCUAUAUAGAGAAGGAGGAUCUGCAGAUGGAGCUUAACAAGCUGAAAAAGGAGAAGAGUGAGAGUGAGAGGUUGCUGACGGAGCAGCUCCAGGCCAAAGAGAUGGAGCUGCUUCAGCUGAAGACAGAGAUGGAGAUCAGCCAAGGUACAGUGAUGAAGAGCCUGAACAGCCCUCAGGACCACUGGCCGGUGGAUAGGGUCAGCACUGAUCUAAAGAUCCACAAACUACAGGAAGAACUGGACAGAGUGACACUGGAAAACAGCAGACUGGUGGAUAGAAGUGGGGAGGAACCACUUGGCCUUAACGGACCAGACUUGGACCUGACCUGUGAUGCAAAGUAUAAUGCAAGUGAGGAGGGCAUGCUGCAGAUGUGCAAGGCUUUGCACGGUGAGGUCAAACGUCUCCAUUCAGAGCUGGAUCACCAAAAAGGCCUGAUCAGGAAACUCAGGCCUUUGAUCAGUGAGACAAGACAAGCUGCCUCAACAUUUCCAAUCCAGUGUCUGGAUGACGUGGAGAAGAACAACCAUCCAGUUCCUAGGGUGUCAGUGCCUCGUCCCCCUAGUGCCCCCCCACUCCCCUCAUGUUCCGGACGCCCCUGCCCCCCUGUCUGUGGCCCAUCAGGCACCUUGCUGCCAGACAGUCUGAAGGAGGACUGCUGGUACAACGGGCCCUGGCCCUCUCAGAGCUGUUCAGGAGAGGCUCUGGUUGGGAGCAGUGCCUGCUCUGUCGUCCUGCCCCCGCCUCCCCUGAACCAAGCUUCCCUGGAUGAGAGCUCCAGGUCCUUCCCCAGCCCACCCAAGCCUAGUGAUGCCGUGUUUUGGGAGGGACACUCCGCUGCAUCCAACUCCUCGUCCUCAAUGGGAAACUGCAGUCCCAGGAGCCCGCCCAAUACUGAGUGGGCCAAGCCCUAUUGAGGGGAACUUUGAAAGGAGAGCAGAUGAUUACACGGACUGAGUAACUGGAUGGAAAAUGAAUGAAUGGACUCUCCAACCCUGCCACAUAGCUACCACCUAACCUGCCUUAAGUUGAUGAGACCACUCCUCGUGGCUGGACUAGACUGGACCAGACCUACUGGUUGUGGGAACUAACUGAAGCCAGAGGAAGCCUUUUUUGAGGUCAAGACUCUGUAAACUUAUUAUUGUCUCUGCACACUGCAUCAGUGAACAUAUCUGACCUUGCAGAGGAAAAGUUGAGGAGGGACCCUCAGUAGAAUCAAUAGUUUUUCCGUGUGUAUGUGUUCUUGUAUGCACAUGCAUAAGUGUGUGCAAGCAUGCAUACAAGCAGUUUAUUUUGUGCGUGUGCAUAUGCACACAUCAAACAGAGUGUGCCUGUGUGUGCAGAUCAGUGUGUGGGCAUCUCUCGCCUGCCUGUAUCUGUAUCUAGUCAUAAUGAACCCAACAGGGCUCAAAGGGCCUCUUUCUCUAUUCACUGUGGCCAGUGAUCACUGAGGCCAUAGCUGAACUCAUAGUACUAGAAUUUGUAAAACUCUACUUCCUCCAAUGCUAUUCUUUUUACAUUUGAUCACUGUAAAGUAUAAAAGGUAUAUAGUCCCAUAUAUGUCUCAUACUCACGUGAAGGAGAUGUCUCAGUUUGAGGACUUGAUUCUUGACUUGUUUGUUUCGUGAUGGAGACAGACGUACAGUAACUUUAGGGAUAGUCACAGAUUUUUUUGAUCCAAAUUUUAACAGCUACCAAAUAAAAUUAUCUUCAUCAAUCCUUCUAUGGAUCGUUAUCGGAGCUGGCUGUCAGUCUACCUAUGCUUACCAAAUAUUUUACUUUUUUUUUUUUUGAGGAAUGCAGUAUUUGGAUUUUUGAGGAGAUUGCAUAAUGAGUAGCAAAUAAUAAUUUUAAUCUAAAAGUGCACUGCUUUCUGAAAUAAACCAUACCACCCACGCAACACAAGAAAAAGGUUCUACUGUUUACGAUUUCACAGAAAUUUCACAAGUCAUGCAAGCGUCUGUAAACCUGCCUGUUUUCACAUAUUCAGUUUUCUCUGAACUACUAUCAAACAAUAUCUGUCAUGUUUCCAUGUCUCAGCUGUAAAGGGACAUGUGUAUGUAAGGCUGCUGGAUGUUUUUUUUUUCUGUAGGACUCAUGGAAUUGAAUCCAUACACUCCCCUGUAUUUUGAAAACCUGAAUAGGUUUGUGGAGAUUUUGAACAAUAGGAAAUGUAUCUAAAGUCUGUACUGUGCUGAUGUUAAACUAUGACAAAUUUAUUCUGCAGUAUGAGGUAAGUUUUGAUUUCUUAAGAGUCAGAUGAGUAUAAACUGAAUUAUGUAAAAAGAAAACACAUUAUGAGUAGAAUGCAAGGUGCACAAACGGAAGAAUGUGCAUAUGUGUAUAAAUGUAAAUGGUGGGCUUCAGUACUCUGCCAAACGCAGUUUUGCACUCCAAACCAUAGGUUUUGGUUUGUUUGUUUGGUUGUUUAUUUUUCUCCCCCACCCCUAAGACUCCUGAUCUGUAUAAAAGCUGUCUGCAAUGGUGGCAAGACUAUACGCAUAUUAACCUGAAGAAAUGUGAGUUGUGACUGGAAAAAUAGGUGCAUAAAGCACAAAGGCCCGUGGUCAUUGAAAAGUUUUUUUUUUUUUUUUUUUUUUGGUUUAUCCAUUUUCUCCAUUCUGUUCCAUGACAACUGUGGUCUUUUUGUUCUUAAUUUUUAAGAAAUUUUAUUUUACAGCAGUAGUUUCAUACUUCUGUAAAUGAUUUGCAAACCAAAAUGCAAUGUACAGUAGAUAUGGAUUAUAUUUUAGAUUUUACUGCACUUCAGACUGUUUGUAAAUAUGAUCGAUUAAAUGAAUGAAAGGAAGUGACUGUUUGAAGUUGCUCUGUGUCUCCACAUAUAUUUUUAGCAAUGAGCUUCGGUGGUUCAAUUUAAUAAACUGUGGGCUUUGGCAUUUCAAGCUACUUUGCUGUUGAAACCAGCAAUAACUUUUCUUUUUUUGGCUUCCUGUCCACAAAGACGUUUUGAGACAUUUACACUUGAUAUCUCGGCAGCAGAAUAACAAUUCCUACUGUCCAUCACAAGGUCUGCAUACUACUACUGUUGAAACAACCUGUUAACAGCUGAUUUUAAGAAUUUCAUCUUCUCAGUCUUCUCAUAUGAACAUUUACUGUUUAAAAGUGAUUACUUUAGGUAUUUGAAAUGUCAUGAUUAGCAUUUGCCAAUCAUCUUAA